UUUUUUUUUUUUUUUUUUUUGUCAAUUGUUGUCACGUUGUCAGUUAAGAAGUUCAAUAUCACUAGCAAAAUUGGUCAUCUUUAAUUCUCCUACCCACCAGCCAUUCACGGCUCUUGGCUCUUGUAGCAUUUUAAUUUUACGAAACAUAAUAUAUAACUUUUUCUUGUUGUUUAGUUGUUAGUUAUUGACAAAAUCCAAUCAUUAUUUAUCCAGCAAAUUUUUAUUCAUGUCAAUGCCUAAUUCACGUAAAUACUUGGGGUAGAGUUAUUUGACAGCCGUUUCUGUUGGCAAUAAUGAUAUAAAUCAAGCAAACCAAUAAAACAUAAACAAGCUAUAUAGUAUAUUUGAAACUUUCAUGACAUGAUCGCCUAAUCUUAGUAUAAAUACCAACAAUCUUAUCCCAAUUAGUAUCAUCGAUCAUUGGUCAAAAAAUAGAAGCUAAUAAUAAUAAUAUGGCUGCUUUGAAGAUUACAAUCUAUUGUUUCUUCUUCCUUCAAGUACUAUUGUGCUUGCUCUCUUCAUGUGCUCUAACCAAUGCACAAGGACUGAAAGUUGGGUUCUACAACAAGGCAUGCCCGAAAGCCGAGCUUGUUGUUAAGAAGUCUAUCUUCGACAUGGUGAAGAAGGAUCCAUCACUUGGACCUCCUUUGCUUAGACUGUUCUUCCACGAUUGCUUCGUUCGGGGAUGUGAAGGGUCGGUCUUGCUAGAGUUAAAGAACAAAAAAGCUGAGAAGAACGCGCCUCCUAACCUCAGCCUCGAAGGGUUUGAUUUCAUAGACAAUAUCAAGGCAGCUCUAGAAAAGGAAUGUCCAGGCAUUGUUUCUUGCUCAGAUGUCUUGGCCCUUGUUGCUAGAGACGUAGUGGUUGCGCUCAAUGGACCGUCAUGGGAAGUUGAAACGGGAAGAAGAGACGGUCGGGUUACAAACAUCAAUGAGGCCACAUCAAACAUGCCAUCGCCAUUUUCUAAUAUAACUACUCUUAUCACCCAAUUCCAAUCCAAAGGCCUCAACAAGAAAGACCUCGUCGUGCUUUCAGGUGCACACACGGUUGGGGACGCACAUUGUCCUAUAGUCAGAAACAGGCUCUACAAUUUCACCGGAAAAGGAGACAGUGAUCCAAGCUUAGACAAGGAAUAUGCAGCCAGACUCAGAAGAAAAUGUAAGCCGACCGAUACCACGACAGAUCUGGAAAUGGAUCCAGGAAGCUUCACAACAUUUGAUAAAAGCUACUUCAAGCUUGUGUCUAAACAAAGAGGGUUGUUUCAAUCUGAUGCAGCUCUUUUAAACAAUCAAGAAACUAAAUCUUACGUUCUCAUGCAAACGAAACGUUAUGGUUCUACUUUCUUUAAGGACUUUGGUGUCUCCAUGGUGAAGUUGGGUCGGAUUGGAGUUUUAACGGGUCGAGUCGGUGAGGUUCGCAAGAAUUGCAGAAUGGUUAACAAGUACUGAAGAAGUUUCUGUGAGAUACAACAACAUAUUUUCUAAACCAAAAAAAAAAAAAAAGUUUCUGUGAGAUUAAUUUGUGUUUUUCCUAAAGAAAUAAUAUGGUGAAAUAAUCAUAUUCUUUAUGGAGCAAUAAGAGUCUCUACAUCUUUCGAUUUGUUGAAUUUUGUUUUCCGAGUGUUGUUUUCUGCAUUAUGUUGAGUUUAUUUCCUUUGAUUCAAAAAAAAAAAAAAAAAUCAUUUCGCGUUAUUUCAAUCCGUUUUGUUAUUUGUAUAAACGUUGUUGCCUUAUAUUAACAGUAAAGUUUUGACUUAAUAAGGAUUAUGAUGUCUUUGACUGGUAAAAAUAGCUUUCAAUUAGUCGACCUUAUCUUCAAUGUCAAGUAGUUAUUUAGAAUUAAAACUCUACUUAGGUGGCAAUAAUUAUGGAUUUUUUUUAAUGUUAUGAGUCUAAUAAUAAUCAUUUCAAAUUUGUGCCAUGUAUACAUGUGUUACGUGUAUAUAUGUAUGUAGUUUUGAUAAAUCAAACGCAUACAUAGAGAGUGAUCAUAUAGCUAGGUGAACAAAAAGAGGAGCAUAAAGUUUCAUGAGGCUCAUAUAUACAGAUUCACGGUUUAUAUACACAUGACAUUUAUCACCAGAAAAAAAAAAAAAAAAAAAAAAAAAAAAAA